AUAUAGCAGUGUGGAGUGUGGACAUAUUGCGUGCUCCUCGGUAUGGAUAUCGGUCGUGUGACAUGCGCAAGCUGCGCCCCGCGACCCCGCGACCCCGCGCCGCCCACCGCCAGCACGCACCAGUCGGGCGCGGGUCGCUUGCGCGAGUGCACGUCACGUCACCUCACACGUCACCUCACACGUCGCACGCCACACGUCACCGGUCGCCAUGAGCAAGCUGGAGAAGUGGUCCGACGACACGACCUGCCAGUUCGUCACGCUCUACAAGAAACACGAGUGCCUCUGGAACGUCACGGUGCCGGAAUACAAGAACAAGGUCAUCAGGGAUAGGGCGUUGCGUGUGAUACAAGAUGAGAUGGCGAUCGACGGGUUCGGUAAGAACGAGAUAAAGAACAAAAUACGCAGCCUGCGGUCCACGUACUACUUGGAGAAGAAGAAAAUUGACAAGCACAAGACGGAGGGCAUCCGGUACUCGCUGUACCGGCCUUCGCUCAAGUGGUUCUACAUCAUGCAAGAAAUUAUGUGCACUCUCGCCAAGAAGAAGUGUAAUGAGGUGCGUAGCGCCAGAUUGUGUCACGUGGUAUUAUUGGGGUCAUAGGUACAUUUAUGUCACAUGCAUUUUGUAGCUUGGAGGAGUAUGGUUGGGGCCAGCCUUUACAUCACUUUUUUAAGACU